AUGGAAAUCCCAGAGAAAUUUGGUAGGUCUUCGAGCUGCCGGGGUGUGGCUUUCGAAAUCAAACCCCAUUCAGAUCCAUUUACCUUUUCCAAUCCCUCCAUUGAUCCACCAAGAGACAGUAGAAGAUUUUGGCUUCCAUCGGGGAAUGCCUCACAAAUUGUUCCAUCUUCAGAACUCAUGCAACGGUCAAUGAGCCGAACCAGCAGCCAUUUCUGUGAUCUUGACGUUGAUUAUGAUGAUGAAGAUGUUGAUACUCUUGCUGAUAUUGAAGAUGGAUAUGAAGAAGAGAAAGUGGAGCCAAAGCCACUCCCUCUUCCGCCAGUGUUUAGUAAACGUGAACAGACAAAGGCCACUGGCAGCGCAGCCAAGGGCAAGCCGUCGAGACUGUCGGUGAUACUUCUGGAUCAAGGCCUGUUCACUGUUUACAAACGGCUCUUUGUUGUUUGUUUGGCAUUGAACAUUACUGGUCUGGUUCUUGCCGCCACUGGACACUUCCCAUAUGCAAGAAACCGAGCCGCCUUAUUUUCCAUUGCCAACAUUUUUACUUUGGUCCUCUGCCGGAGUGAGGCGUUUCUAAGGAUUGUAUUUUGGGCGGCAGUGAAUAUUCUUGGGAGGUCAUGGGUUCCAUUGAGGCUAAAGACAAUGGUCACAUCCUUACUGCAAUCUCUUGGUGGCAUACACAGUAGUUGUGGUAUUUCCUCCAUUGCGUGGCUUGUUUAUGCUUUAGUCCUCACUCUUAAAGAUAGAGAAAACACUUCCUCCGCCAUAAUUGGUGUCGCCUCCGCAAUUCUCGCACUUCUCUGUCUCUCUUGCCUGCUCUGGGCAUUCAUCAUACUCACAAUCUCCUAUGACCACCCAAACACCAAAUCGUACAGUGAUGAUCUUGGAUCAAAACUGAUCAAACAUCAGGAAUUCUGGUUCACGAUUGGAAUUACUACAUUAAUUAUAAUUCCAUGGUUGACUGUGAGAAGAGUCCCGGUUAGGGUUUCUUCCCAAUCCAGUCAUGCCUCGAUCAUCAAGUUCGAGGGCGGUAUUAAAGCCGGAAUCUUGGGCCGGAUUAGCCCAUCACCUUUGUCCGAGUGGCAUGCAUUUGGAAUCAUUUCAGACAAUAAGAAAGAGCACAUGAUGCUUGCUGGUGCAGUUGGGGACUUCACAAAAUCUUUGGUCACAAAUCCACCGAGCCAUUUGUGGGUUCGACAGGUGCACUUUGUGGGACUACCUUAUUUGACAAACAUGUACAAUAGGGUCCUUCUGGUGGCCACUGGCUCGGGAAUCUGUGUCUUCCUCUCCUUCCUCCUGCAGCCAUGUAGAGCUGACGUCUGCUUACUUUGGGUGACAAAAGGGGUGGAACAAAAUUUUGGUAAAGAAAUCAAACAAAUGUUGUCUGGACAUCCUAAGGAUAAGGUUAUUAUCCAUGACACUGCCGUGCUUGGCCGCCCCAAUGUGUCGCAAAUGAGCGUCGACACGGCCAAAAAAUGGGAGGCAGAGUUGGUGAUUGUCACCAGCAAUCCGGAGGGAAGUAGAGACGUAAUUAAUGCAUGCAAGGGUGCUGGAAUUGUUGCCUUUGGUCCUAUUUGGGAUUCUUGA